AGAGAAUGGCAUGGCAUCCAGCCAAUCACCCGCAGGCACAGGAAAAGGAGGAGGAGAAUGAUGACCACACUUCCUGGGCCACGCUAUUUGAAAGUCCCACCCCUCUGGAGGAGGCCGAAGAUCACCCAAGACGGUGGCAGCGGUCUGCCUCUGACCCAGCAUCCCAGCGCUCGCAGAGGAAGGGAAGGAAAGGGAAGAAGGAGAAGGGCCAAAGGGGUAAAAACAGGGAAAAAGAGACUUCCGACUGCCGCAUGGAGAGGAGGGAGAUGAAGGUGCGCGACCUGGGCUUCGGCUACGACUCGGACGAGAUCGUGGUCUUCAAGUACUGCGUGGGCACGUGCUUCAGCGCGCGCAAGAACUACGACCUGGUCCUCAAGACCUUGAUGGCCAACGGCAGCAUACCGAGCCACAUGGUGAGCUCCCACCCGUGCUGUCGGCCCACUCAGUACGAGACCGUGUCCUUCAUGGACAGGCAGACCUCCUGGAAGACCAUCAAGCGCCUGUCCGCUGCCAACUGCAGUUGUGUGGGAUGAGAGGGAGAGGGAGAGCCAGGCUGCCGCACGAGCGGCUAAAUCGGAAGCUAUCGGAAGAAGCUCCAGAAACAAGAGGAAACUGGAGAACGGGAGGUCUGAGGUGACUGGACAGGUGGCGUGGAACGCGGUGCGGACGUUAAGGGAGGUCCACGGUCUCAUUGGCGUGGUGGGGUGCGUCGCGAGAGUCCCCGAUUCUCCAAAAGUGUGAGCAUCACACUGAGGCUGAGUGGCGAUGUCUUGCAAAGCCAUGUGGACAUAAAGGAAACAACGCUGCUAGCCAUAAUGACACCCAAAGGCUUUCUGUUCGACCAUAGGCCCAGGCCUUCACGCGUCAUAAGGUCCUCAGCCUGAAAGGGAAGUUAACACAGAGUAACUGGCUGUGUGAACACAGAGUUCUGGUAUAGGACAUAAGUCAUCACUUUGUUUGUUUGUUUUUGACGGUCUUCAUGUGCCUUUAGCAUCACAUAGAGCUACAAAAUGAUUCUCUUGUUCCUGACAUGUCCGCUGCCAUUAAGUUAAACAAGGAGAGGAAAACCGCGGGCAUGCAGACAUUGAGUUUGAAGACCAACAACUUUUACAUUUGAAACAUUAAAAUGAAGCAAAGUUGGGGUAAUUGCAUUGAUCAGACCAAGGAUGAUUUGGUGUGGUGCAUGUGUAUAUUUCCUUCAAUGGCAGCUUGGUCACUAACAGGUCACUAGAGACCAUGACACAAAGAAGCCAAGAGUUAGUCUGCCUUUCCUGUAGACAUGUCGGAGAUUAAUCUCAACCGACCCUCCCCCAACCCAGCUUCACCGCCCCAACAUCGUAGUCCAGGGAAGCAAGGACAUUGGAAUUGAUGCAGACCUCCUGAAGUUUGCAACUUCUUUGAACUAACUCAUGUCUCUUUGUAUUUGUUUAUAUAGUUUCUUCCUACUUACUUUUAUCAUAGCAUGUCAAUGAAAUGACCAGUCACUUUGGCAUAAUCGGAAGAUUUAGCCCUAUCAAUACAGUGACAGACAGAAACACUAAGUGGCACAUGUGUAUGGCCUAAGCUAACUGUCACUAGUUAUCUUAAUCGGUCAAGGGGACUAUCAUUUCGGGCCACAUAAUGCCAAGCACACAGAGACUGCAAUUACUGUGAUUUUCUCCAUUCAAACUUCAAUGAAAACUUUCACCAUUUAGAACAUUUACUCCCAUUGUGCUUUGAUCUGAUUCCUUUUGUGCAGCAAUCUCAUGAGCAUGAGAGCAGUUUACAUCAAAAGGCUAACUUGUGUUUCAAGUCACCCCGGAAAAGGGUUAUGCAGGGUUUAUUUGCUUUCAAGUGAUGAAUUCUGCGAGACACUUUGCAUUAUUUGACACAACUAGUUUACAUGUCCGUAAACGAUCUUGUUGACAGCCUUUCAACACGUGAUGUAUUAGAGGUUCUCUGUGGGGGAACAGUUUGUCAGUAAUGAUCUUGAAUCUCUUUCUCUGAAGGUUUAUUUGAAGUGAGGAACAAGUGGGUGACAGAGGGGUUUUAGAAAGGCCACUGGACGUCUUGUAAACCACAAGGAAAUGUACCGGCUCUGGGGCUGCAUAUCUUUGCAGAGAUUAUAAUAUCUCUUCCAUGUUCAAGGCCUCAUCUCUAUUUUAAGCAUGUGUGUGCUUGAGCUGGUGUUCAAUUUAACAUGAAUGGCCCAUAAUACUCCAAAUAGCAGUACCACUUGACUACAGUCAUGUUGCAUGACAAUAAGUGGGGGGCAAACAUGCAAGGUCAAAUUGUUACCCCUCUCUGGAGUUUAACUGGCUACUCGGUAACCUUUUGACCUUGAACAUAACCCUGUUCCCCCUGUUGCUGUUAGCAUCUUUCAAAAAAUAGCUAGGCAAAUCUGUGACUGUUGCUGUUUCCAUGAACUUUCACUUAAUAUUCACAAUGUCUUUUUUAUUGGUUAAUCCUGUGUAUGUUUGUCUGUGUAUAUUCAGUUUAUUUCUCAGGACGCUUUACUGUAACUCAUUGUUGACCAUAAUAUCACUUAGAUACAUAUUGACCUCAUAUUUUUUAUGUAUUAGGAGAUCGGGUGGAGAUUUCCCUUUCAUUGAAGAGUACAAAAAAAAGACUAUCCAUUUUGUGAACGAUUUCAUUGAAACAUAUGGAAACCAAUGUCUAUUCAUUCUUUAGGAGCUGUGCCUUACUCCAAGGCUUAGAGGCUAGGCUGUGUUUGUUCUGGUUGAGUGUAUACACUUGUUUACUGUGAGGCUCCUUUUCGUAUAUACACGGGAGGAGGCUCGCAUAGGUCUGCUGCAUUAGGAGUAUCCAGUCUUCAGCCCUGAGGGUGGUUCAUGUUUUAUUUUUUUCUCUCAUGUAAAUAAGUCUGUCAUUCUUGAUAAGAUACAUUAGCUCCCCCAUUAGAUGCUAUGCAUCUCUUCGCCUUAUUAUGCAGCCGGGGGAAGUAUUUAUUGCUGUUAAGUUAUUUAUUUAUUAUGGUUUUUGUAUUGGACUUGUUCUUACAAACAUCAGAUGUCUAUUAUUUAUGAAGUGGCCAUGUAAGAUUUGUUAUUCUUUUUUUUUAAUGGAGCAAGAUCCUUAUAAAGCAACACUUCCGAAACAUUCACAGAGGGACAAUGAUUCAUUCAACUUCACAUCCAUCAACAGCAUUCACAAACAGCACACCUGGGUCUACUUUAUACACCAUCCAAAGUCUCUUUCCUGUUCUCACCGGGCUCUUAAUAGGCAGUUAACAUGGUGCAAAUAUCACUAGCUAGGUCUCUUCCAACUCUGCCACUCUCCCACAGUGCCAAAGCACGAAGCCAAGAGUGGAGAAACUGUGCCUGACAUCCCUGUCAUCGGGGACCAAACACCUCAGCCCGACCGAGGGCCAUGUCUAAUCUGAGUUAGUGCUUUACCAUCACAAGGAGCCUUGUUGUUCCACAGUUAAAUGUCAUUCACAACCUCAUAACU